GACUGCUUAACCUAAUCGCAAAGCCCUUCUUAGUUAUCGUCGUCGGAGCAGUGUUGGAGGAGUCGAGAGGGAGGGAUCUCGCCGUAGAUUAUAGGAAAAUGGCGGGGAUCAUUCUCUUGCUCGAUUUCUUGAAGAAAAAUCCUAGUUUGGCGACCCAAUCCCUCCAUUCCUACAGCCUGUUCUCGGCCACUGUCGCCGCGUCGGCGGCGGCGGCUUCGGUCGCCGCGGGGAAGCCAUUUGCCUCUCGGGCGAUCUUUGGUGAUUGUGGAUUUCCAACUGCUUAUUGUGAUGCCGGUUCAAGUGCAACAUGGAAUGAGGAGGACAUUCCUAAUGUUCAAAGUGCUUCUGAAAAUAUUCUACCCAACUCUUUCAAGUACAGAACAAAGGAGUAUCCUCUGGAGCUAAAACCUAUGUUUUCAGCCUUUGGUUUUAAGUCUUUUGCAAUGACAUCAUUGAGAUCCUUUUUAUUGUUCUACUUGCCUCUUUUGGAACCUCAUCCCCCUGUGGAAGAGAAUGAUGAUCUCCUUCAUCAGCCUCCAGAGGAAAGGCCUCUAGACUUGGUUACUCCUUUCCAGAACUCAGUGAAACAAAUUAUCCGUGAGACUGCUGUUGUAACAACCAGGCGGGUGCUUGAAAGAUUUGCUGUCCACCAUGUUUCACAAAGAAUGGCAUGGAAACUUCUAAAAGAUGUUCCUAGAUCAGCCAAACGCAAGUUUGAUAGGGGGAUGCCAACUCUGUUGUUCUUUUAUAGUGUCAGCAGAACAACUUUCAGAGGACAUAUGUUGGGCGUAGCUGCAUCAUGGAUUGUCCAAGUGAUUAUUGAGAUCUAUAGAUGCUUUUUCCGUAAGCACAACAAUGAUGAUGAAGAUAUUAACAUCAAUGAAAAGAUCAGGCUGUUCAGGAGAAAGUUGUUUGGGACAACUGUAAAGUGCAGUGCAUCAUUAGUUUUUGCAUCCAUCGGAGCAGGCAUUGGUGCUCUUUUUCAUCCUUCAACCGGCCAAUGGAUUGGUUGUGCUCUUGGAGAUUUUGCUGGGCCUAUCGUUGCCAUAGUUUGUUUUGAGAAACUUCAUUUGCAAAUUUGAGAACGCAGCUGCAGUUCCUCCGAAGGUAUUUUGCAAAGAGCUGGUGCCGGCCCUCUUCUUCGCUUCUUUGCCAGAAUUAUCUUUAAUCACUUUCUUCCUGCUGAUUGGUAACAGUAUGCACCUACUUCAGGAUAUUUACCCCGCAUUAUUUGGUUAGUCUAAGUCCAUAUAUUAAGCAUACUUGAAAAUGCGUCCAAUAGCCAUCCAGACCGGAUAAAGAAAAUGUGUCGAAGAACAAGCAAUCGUAUGGUGAUGUUUGAACGAUAAUGAGCCAUUUAUUUUGCUAUUUUACUUCUACACAUGCGUGCGCGCGUGCAGGUGUGCAUGUGUGUUAUUGUAAACCGUCUGAUCUUUUGUUUGUAAUAAAACUGAUGAUUGUUUAGGAUAUUGAAAAAUACUUCAUAUUCUUAA